ACUUGCGGUAACACACACAUAAACAAUCAUUGUCAGUUUCUUCUUUCUUUCUUGGCUCUUCUUCAUCAUCUUGCUCUGUUCACAAACUCUUUCGAAAACAGAACAAAGAUAUACAUAUCAUCAAGAAAUGGGAAAGAAAGAUGAGAAAGUCGAAACUGUUCUUCAUUUACUCAGAAAACAAUCUCCUCUCACUCUUAACCAAGAGAAGUUCUGUAACAAAGAGUGCGUGGAGAGAUUCUUGAAAGGGAAAGGAGACAACGUGAAAAGAGCUGCGAAGCAACUACUUUCAUGUCUUUCUUGGAGACAAAGCAUUGAGAUUGAGAGGUUAGGGGCUGAGGAAUUCGCGACGGAGCUUUCCGACGGUGUAGCUUACAUCGCCGGCCAUGACGGAGACUUCAGACCCGUUAUAAUUUUCCGUUUCAAGAACGAUUAUCAGAAGUUGCGUACUCAGAAGCAAUUUUCGCGUUUAGUGGCGUUCACGAUGGAGACUGCGAUAUCGAGCAUGUCCAGAAACGCGGAACGGAGCGUGGUUCUUCUCUUCGAUGCAAGCUUUUUCAGAUCAUCCUCUGCCUUUGCAAAUCUGCUUUUACCAACCCUAAAAACCAUAGGAGAUAAUUAUCCAUGCCGACUUUACAAGGCUUUUAUCAUUGACCCUCCCUCUUUUUUCCCUUACAUCUUGAAGGGCGUACGUCCAUUCGUGGAGCUAUCAACGCUCACGACGGUGAUCUCUUCGCUGGACUAUGACGAGCAGCUAGAUAUCAGCCACGUUUCAUUAGCAUCCUCGUCAUUAUCAUGUCCUAGAUCCGCUUCCCUACGUUUUGAUGCAUCAUCGAUUAAAUCAGCGGCCGCGAGUGGCUCAGCUUCUUCAAGAUUCGCGUUCACCGUAUCUCAUAACUCCUUGAAGCCGUGGUACCUUUCCUUUACUGACACGUCUCCUCUUAACGCAGCCGUCUCGACCGCGGCCUCUAAAAUUUCUCCGAUCAGCACGCGGUCGCUGUCUUUCGCGUCUCCGGCGACGGGUGGCUUAAUAGACGCGAGACAACCUGCAUGCAUGAGAAAGAGUGUGUUUCCCUCGACGCCGUUGCCGGAGACGAAAACGGAGACGUACCGGAAAACACCACGUCCUUCUUUCUUUCUGUCUCCGGCGAUGUUUUUUCGCGGGGAAAAAAACGUUGGCGGAGGCGAGAAGUCAUCACGUGAAGCGUUCGUACCAUAUCUGAAGUUUUACCGGAGACCGUACGAUGAGACGGCCUAUAGGUCUAAACUGCGGGGUCCACGUGGGUUUGUGUCGGUCGUGUCUUCGCACGUAAGAUGUCGUCAUGCGUCUUUAUCUCAACGGUACUAGCUAGGCUUCUAGCGAUGACGUUAAAAAUAGACUUAUUUUCAUGUUAGGGCAGUUUUAAGUUUUUUAUUACAAGAUAGAGCGGUUAUUGUUCCUAAGGUAGUUUUUUACGACUACAAGCUAAUUAAGUUUAUUCUUGUAAC